AUGCAGGAUGGGAGCUACCCGUCGCCGUUCAAAAUACUGGCGAAGUACGGACCACAGUGCUUGUCUGACAUGGAGGUCAUUCGACCCUUUCCUCUAGAUCCGUGGCAACGGUCUCUUAGGGAGUUGAUAGCCACCGUCGGAUCCGAUAUGCACGAGUUGCACGAGGCCGGUCACGCCCGUCUCUGGUUGCUCACCAGUGUCAGCGUCCGCAAUGGACUGGUUGGAACAGGGCUGGUUGUUCGCGUUAAUCAAGUCGACAUCGUCUCGUCAAAACGGACGGUCGGCAAUGACGACGCGCUCAAUGCUCACUACGCACAGCUGGGGGUAGUGUUCGAGGCUGUCGCGUAUGUUGAAACGAUGCUCCAUCGUAUUCAGAUGUCACCGUGGAAAGUACAGGUCACGAUCGUUGUGAACAACUCUGCCGUCCUGCUGUCGCUCGCAAAGCCACAUCUCCAAGGCGGACAGGCUCUCAUCACUCAGAUCACGGAAGGAAUUACUCGGCUGGCGGAGAUGGGUGCCAAAGUCUACCUGCGGCCACCAACAGAAGCAGACAGCGAGAAUACCCGAAGUGAAUCCCCCGACUUGGGCCCAGGUCCAGCUCCGGGCGUCGGCGUUGCGAUGGGCUCGGGCGAAUGCUAA